AUGACAGCCACACUGUUGAUAGCCACCAGUGUGAUGAUCAUAUUUUCUGUGAGGUCAUCUAUGGCCUACGUCACAAGGAUCGAUCAAUGUGAACCGAUUGAAAUAGCUCGCUGCCGCGCCAUGCCAUACAACAUGACACAGAUGCCGAACCUGAUGCACCACAACACGCAAGAGAACGCCCGCCUGGUCUUCGAGAAGUUUGAGAUUCUCAUAGACCAACACUGCAGCGACGUCCUCUUGUUCCUGCUGUGUUCCAUCUAUGUGCCUAUCUGUGCUGUCUCCUUGCAGCCCGAUGCCAUUCCACCGUGUCGGAGUGUCUGCGAGAGAGCUCGGGCCGGCUGUGAACCGCUCAUGAACGCCUACAAGGUGCCCUGGCCUGAAUCUUUGGACUGCUCCCAGUUGCCGAGCUAUGAGAGAGGUGUGUGUGUCAGUCCAGAGGCCUUCGUCAAGCCCACCAAAACAAGCACAGACUGCCCGUGUAAAAGACGGAAGCCAUCAUAUCGAAUCUGUAAGAAGUUCAACUAUCAAUACGGUAUUCGGGCACUUGUUGUCAAGAAGAGCAUCAGUGAUCAGGAAGUGGUGUACAAGGUUAAGGUCAUACAAACACUCUUCUCGGGAAAGGUCACAGUGCCUGUAGACACGGAUGUCCUUCUCUGGGUCAACUCAACUUGCGUGUGUCCGAAGUUGCGGAAGGGCCGGGAAAUCCUUAUCCUUGGACAUGAAGACAGUACAGGGACCAAGCUUAUGAUUUCACCUUUGUCAGUUGCUGUUCCCUGGAGAGACGCCUGGGUCAUCAAAAUUCAGAGGUGGCAACAACGAAUGCGGAAUCAGCAGUCUGAAGGGAAGCAGAAGCAGUCAACCAAAAGCAACAGUAACAAAAAGAGACGACAGAAACUCCCGCCAACCCAUACGAUUUCUGUUAACGAUCCAACCAUGAUUUCCCACAAGCCACCGAAACA